UUUAAGAGAAAGUGAUCACAGUAACCGAUCUUUGUUUUACUCUUAGUCAUUUCAUAAUGAGUUGUUAUUCUCUGAAACUAUUUUAUGCACUUUUGCUGCUUUUAUUGCAUGCUGCUGGAUCCAUUCUUGGAUUCAACAGCCUUCCCAAUAGCACAGAAAUUAAGUGCAUUCAGACUGAGAGACAAGCACUCCUCAACUUCACACAUGGCCUCAAAGAUGACUCUGGCAUGCUGUCUACAUGGAGGGACGAUGGCAAUAACAGAGACUGUUGCAAAUGGAAAGGCAUCCAAUGCAACAAUCAAACUGGUCAUGUUGAGAUGCUUCAUCUCCGUGGUCAGGAUACACAACAUUUGAUAGGUGCAAUCAAUAUCUCUUCAUUGAUUGCCCUUGAAAAUAUUGAACACUUGGAUCUCAGCUAUAAUGAUUUUCAAAGGAGUCAUAUCCCAGAACUCAUGGGCUCGUUCACCAACUUAAGAUAUCUCAAUCUCUCUGCUUCUUCAUUUCGUGGGACUAUUCCUUCUGAUAUUGGAAAGCUUACACAUUUACUGUCUCUUGAUCUAGGUGGCAAUAGCUAUCUCCAUGGACAAAUCCCUUAUCAACUUGGAAACCUUACACAUUUACAAUAUCUUGAUCUAAGUUAUAAUUAUCUGGAUGGGGAACUCCCUUAUCAACUUGGAAAUCUCUCACAGUUGAGGUAUCUUGAUCUUGGUGGAAAUUCAUUCUCGGGAGCAGUCCCUUUCCAAGCUGGGAAUCUUCCUUUGUUGCACACUCUUGGACUUGGUGGCAAUUUUGAUGUGAAAUCUAAGGAUGCAGAGUGGUUGACUAAUCUUUCUUCCUUGACAAAACUUGAGCUAAGUUCACUACACAACCUUUCCUCUUCUCAUCACUGGCUACAAAUGAUCAGCAAGCUUAUUCCAAACUUAAGAGAGUUGAGACUAUUUGAUUGUUCUCUUUCAGAUACAAAUAUUCAAUCUCUGUUUUAUUCACCUUCCAACUUUUCCACUGCUCUUACCAUCCUUGAUCUUUCUUCAAAUAAGCUCACAUCCUCAACAUUUCAACUGUUGUCAAACUUUAGCCUUAAUCUUCAGGAGCUUUAUCUUGGUGAUAAUAACAUUGUUUUGUCAUCUCCUCUCUGCCCAAACUUUCCGGCUCUUGUUAUCCUUGACCUUUCCUAUAAUAAUAUGUCAUCAUCAGUCUUUCAAGGUGGUUUCAACUUCAGCUCAAAACUUCAAAAUCUUGAUUUGCAAAAUUGUAGUCUUACGGAUGAAAGUUUUCUUAUGUCAUCUUCUUUCAUUAUGAGUUCUUCAUCUUCUCUUGUUUCCCUUGAUCUCUCCUCAAAUCUGUUGAAAUCAUCAACUAUAUUUUACUGGCUCUUUAACUCCACCACCAAUCUUCAUAAGCUUUCCCUUUAUCAUAACAUGUUGGAAGGUCCCAUUCCAGAUGGAUUUGGGAAAGUAAUGAACUCUCUUGAAGUUCUUUACCUCUACCGGUUGACUGGCAUGUUACCUAAAAGCAUUGGAUUUCUAUCAGAGUUGGAGUAUCUUAUCUUGGCUGGGAAUUCUUUGGAGGGUGACGUCACUGAAUCCCAUCUUUCUAAUUUUUCCAAAUUAAAAUACUUGUACUUAUCAGAGAGCUCGUUGUCUCUGAAAUUUGUCCCGAGUUGGGUUCCUCCAUUCCAAUUAGAAUCAUUGGGAAUCAGAUCUUGCAAGUUGGGCCCCACUUUUCCUAGUUGACUCAAGACUCAAAGUUCGUUGUAUGAGCUUGAUAUUUCUGUUAACGGGAUUAAUGACUCUGUACCAGACUGGUUUUGGAAUAACUUGCAAAAUAUGGGAUUGUUAAAUAUGUCUUCCAAUUAUCUCAUUGGUGCAAUUCCUAAUAUAUCAUUGAAGCUUCCUAACAGACCGUCUAUACUUCUGAAUUCCAAUCAGUUUGAGGCCCACCAAAUCUGUCUCAGAAAAAUGACGAUCCCGGACUCAUUCACCGUUGGAUCGUCGUGAAAUUUGAGCACCACGUUCGCAACAUAAUUCCGAGCAUUUUCACCGUUGGAAAUUUUUAUAUCAUGUCUUAAGUGAGAGAAACACCCUUCGCAUUGUAGCCUUUUUCUUUCCCGCAGAAACCCAGAGCUGUCUUGGUAAAACUACGAUCCCGGUUUCGUUAACCGUUGGAUCAUUGUGAAAG